CAGUGAUUUAAUCGAGUUCUGUAGACGAGAGAAAAAAUGAAAACUAUCGCGGUCUAUAUGACGCUAGUGACAUUAGCGAUCAGAACCGAUGGGCGACAGGUGAACUUCGCCCAGUGGCCGAAGCUCAUCGAUCCUGAUGACUCCCUGAGCCUUCAAGACGACUGCCUCACGGGGUCCUGCGACGAUUUAUUCGCGGAGAAGCGGAGUAAAGUCCUCGAGGAAGUGGAACAAAUGCUACCUGUAUCGAGCUCUUAUCACUCUUCGAGUGGCCCGUGGCAGUGGAUGUGCCCCUGCGAAACCCAGUACGGAAUUUUAGAUCUGGGACCCGGGCACUAUCCCCGCUACCUCGCUCGCGCUCAUUGCGCACCAAAGGCCUGUCGCAACAGAUUGAAUCAGUGCAAAUUGAUCAAUUACAAGGUGCACAUUCUGAGAGAACGAGACCCCACCGACGGUGGCGAGACGAGCGACGAGCAGUACGUAGAGCAUUCAGUCUUGCCAGAGCCGUUGCGCGUUAAAUGGCAACUCAAGCCGAUGAAGAUAGCCGUGGCCUGCAUUGCAGCCACCGAGGGGAAAAAGAAUUGAUCGCUCGACUGCCUCGUUCGAGUAAAAAGAAAGCCAAAGCAUUAUUCUUCAGAGACCCGCGAUAUGUCUAAAGAACUCCAUUCAUCCGCUGCAUCGUCUAUGAACUAAAAUAAAAAUAAAAAAAAACAACAACGACUGAUAUUCAAUCAAUUAUUAUAAAUAACU